AAAGUCAUAUCAACAACUAUUUUAUUUAAAAGAUUCUUACUCCGAGGCAUCUAUUAUGAUGCUUACAGCUACUUGUACUUUUGAGGAAAUGAAUCUAAUAAGAGAAAACUUACAUAUACCAGAAAACAAUUUUACCUAUAUUUAUGCCAACAAUCAAGUGAGAAAUGAGUUAAUUUAUAAGGUUAAGAAAAAAUAUGAAAGAAAUGGUAAAGUUUUUGAUGAAAUUAAACUAUUAAUUACCAGAAUCCAAGAGGGCAGAGUAAUAAUUUAUUGUGUGCAUCGAGAGGAAUAUCAAGAAGUGCUAGAGGAAUUGUGA